UCAUCCAGGAUGGUGAGCUUGUGGUUCCCUGGGGGCACCUGGAUGGCAGCCCUGACACUGAUGAUGGUUGUGCUGAGCCCUCCGCUGGCUUUGUCCAGAAACACUCAACCACAUUUCCUGGUGCAGGGUAAGGCUGAGUGUCAUUUCACCAAUGGGACGGAGCGGGUGCAGUUUGUGGCGAGAUACAUCUACAACCGGGCGGAGGUCGUGCGAUUUUACAGCGAUGUGGGUGAGUUCAGGGCGGUGAAGGAGCUGGGGCGUUCAAUCGCCAAGGACUGGAACAGCCGGAAGGACUUCAUGGAGCAGACGAGAGCCGCGGUGGAGACAUUCUGCAAACACAACUAUGGAAUCUUUGAUAAAUUUCUGGCGCUGCAGCGAGCUGAGCCUAAGCUAAUUGUGUACCCUUCAAAGACUGAGCCCCUGCAGCACCACAACCUCCUGGUGUGCUCUGUGAGUGGUUUCUAUCCAGGACACAUUGAAGUCAAAUGGUUCCGGAAUGGCCAGGAAGAGGAGGCUGGGGUUGUGUCCACAGGCCUGGUCCGCAAUGGAGACUGGACCUUCCAGAUGCUGGUGAUGCUUGAAGCUGUUCCUCAGAGUGGAGAGGUUUACUCCUGCCAAGUGGAGCACCCGAGCCUGGAGAGCCCUGUCACCGUGGAAUGGAGAGCACAAUCUGGAUCUGCCCAGAGCAAGAUGCUGAGUGGCAUCGGGGGCUUCGUUCUGGGGGUGCUCUUCCUCGGGGCGGGGCUGUUCAUCCACUUCAGAAAUCAGAAAGGACACACUGGACUUCAGCCCACAGAAGGCAAGAAACCCAGGACCAAAGCUCCCAAGAUUCAGCGUCUUGUUACUCCACGCUUCCUGCAGCACAAGCGCCGGCGCAUUUCGCUGAAAAAACAGCGCACUAAGAAAAAUAAGGAGGAGGCUGCAGAGUACGCUAAGCUUUUGGCCAAGAGAAUGAAGGAGGCCAAAGAGAAACGCCAGGAACAGAUCGCCAAGAGACGGAGGCUCUCCUCUCUGAGAGCUUCUACCUCCAAAUCCGAAUCCAGUCAGAAAUAG